CGCGCCUUCCCUUCUCGUCUCGGAAGCGGGACUGACGAGGGACCGACACGGCUCAGACAGGCCUCAGCGGGCCAGGAUGGGCGGUGGGUGGUAAGGCGGUGGGGGCUGCAGCAUGACGGGCAGCAUCCUGGGCACCAUAAGGGGGGCGGGUGGCAGCAGUGGUGGUGGCAUCAGUGGUCGGUGUGGCGGUGGGGGCAGCACAAAAUGUGCUCCUGUCAAGAGACGAAAGCCCAUGACACCGUCAGAGAUCAGCCCGCGUCAUUGCGAUGGAUCUUGGUUGUGUCUCUGCUUCACUCACCGGCAGCGGUUGGAUGAGGCGCAUGCAUGCCAGCAGCGGCAGCAGGGGCAGCUAGGAAGGGUGCCGAUGGGGCCAGCCAGGGGAGUUUGAGAGCCUGCAUGACCGACCGACACACAACAUGUGAUUGACAUUGUGCCGCUUUUCGCCUGUGUGCUGACUGGCUGACCUCCUCUGCUGAUGCGCCCUCGAAGAUUGCAACCAAAAGGCUGACGAGGUCCCUCGAUGGCGGCUCGGGCAGCUCCCUCGAUAGAGCAGCGCGGAGGCCGGUCUCGGUGUCCUGCAUUUCGAAAAAAAGGGCAAGUAAAGUGAAUGUCUCUCAGACAAGUGUCUGGUUAAUGCUCUCCUACAUAAUUGGCGACGAUGUCCGCGGCCUUGUCGGCGUCGACGCCCAUCAAACGCAGUAUAGCGACCCAUGGC